UCAGUGCAGCCUCACAGUCUCUGUCUGGACUCUUAGGCACCACACUCCCUGCCGGCUCACUGCUGUAACUCCCUGCCGGCUCACUGCUGUAACUCCCUGCCGGCUCACUGCUGUAACUCCCAGCUGGCUGCUACCAACAUGAAUCUACUGGAUCUCUGCCUGCUGUGCUCUCUCAGCUGGAACCUGACAGCUGGCAGCCAAGUCCUGUGCUCUGCGGAUAAGAGUACCGCGCCAGUAGGGGGCAGUGUAACCAUGCAGUGCAGACUGAACUUAAACAGCGCUAAACCCGACGUCCUGCAGGUGACCUGGAGCAAACAGUCGGGGGAGUUUGCCGGUACCAUCGCCACUUCCAGCCGGAGCCACGGGCAGAGGUUCUUGGGCCCCUAUUCCCAGCGGGAGGUUCGAUUCUCAGAAGAAACACAAGAUCUUUCUGCCAUCACCAUCAGCUCAGUGACCCCGGGGGACCGGGGAUGUUUCCAGUGCAUAUUCAAUGUCUACCCACUGGGAGCCUCUAUGGGCAGCGUCUGCUUGGACAUCACAGAAACCAGAAUCUCGGAUCCCAAGCUUGAUGUAAACAGUUCAGCAGAAUAUCAUGUUAUCAGCUGCUCAGCGACAGGGAAACCUGCCCCAACAAUCACAUGGAACCUAACAGAGACCCCCAAAAAGAACCCUCAGAAUUACAGUAUCAUUCACCCUGACCAGACAGUCACAGUCAUUAGCAACUUCACCCUCGCCACCUUGAGGAGGAUGGAAAGAAUAAACAUCACAUGUUUUGUACAUCACUCCGCUCUCGGCAGCGACAUUGUCCUCUCCAAGGCUAUAGAGGAUUCAGAUAAUCAUUCUUUUGGGAAGGAAAACACAUUCACAACUAAUGUCGCUGUGUUGGUGAUUGUGGUUAUUAUAGUGACAAUCAGUUUAGUUUUCAUAAUUGUCCACCAAAGAUGGAAAAUGUGCAAAUAUAACCAGAACAAUGGAAUCGGCACUGGAAACCACCAAGUAAAAGAGAAGCCUAAGGAUCAAAAAUGUUUCAGAACGUUUAACCCAAGAAACCAUACACUGGUAUGAUAAGCUAAAGCAGGUCUAUACCACUGGUGGUGGUGGCCCACAGGCUAGAUUUGGCUCUCCAGGUAUUUUUUUUUUACCCCCCUUCCUUACAAUCUGCCCAAAAGCUGCAUAGACAUCAUCAUUUCAAUUCAAUCCAUCCCUUGAACUUGGGGAUAUGAGUUCUAAUUACCAGUACUGAGCUAAGGACAGAUUCUCAGCCUGCAGACAUCACUCAAGAGGGACUCCUGGAGAUAAAAAUCAGCCUGUUGGAUGUUUCAGACAGAAGAUAAGAGGUAAUCAUGAUUGUUCAUAGGAUUCUGCUCCUCUUCCUCAUAUUAUUACCAUGGUCAAGGGCACAAGUUUUAGACUCAUGCCAAACGGGGCUGAUCUGGCCAGUGGAACGCUCAGGCCAAGAAUGAGCCCCCACGCCAGCAUCAGCCUUCUCCCUUGUCUGCACCCUGGAACCAUUGUGUUGGCCUAGAAGUAGGCACUCGAGUAGGAUUUCGCCAAAGAAAAAUCUGCUGUGAAAUCUGCUGUGUGGAAGACUUGUGCUGUCACAGGACUGAUCCUCGGUCUACGUUUUUCCGCUGGCUGAGAUCAGCCCCCGCCAGGCAUUAUCUUUAAUGUUAUACUUCACCCAAGACGCCAGGUCCCACAUGCUCUGUGAUUUUCCUUCUUUUCAGGUCUGUUAAAGGAGAUGUACAGUUUAAACCACUGGUCAGAGGUGCAAAAUGUUGGGCACCAUCUAAUCAGGGUCAUUUAUCAACACUGGGCAAAUUUGCCCAUGGGCAGUAACCCAUGGCAACCAAUCAGAUUGAUG